UGAUAUCAAAUAGCCUACCAAGUGGGAAAUAAGUGCCAAAGCAUCGAAACUCAUAAGUUCUAAGAAAAAUUGUGAAUCAAUUCAAGUUCUUAUAUCUACCUUAAACCAAACAAUUCUACAAAUUACUACAGACCAUAGUUUGUGUAGUUAUUAUUGUGUACGUCAUGGUCAAUACAGAUGAUAACAAUGGUUCAAAUGGUGCAGUGGCACCUCAACUAAAAAUUAAAGUCCGUGGUGACGCAGUUAUUCUAACCAAAAUCUCAGAGAAAGUUUUGCAAGCUUAUCAUAAGAUAGCUUUAGAGAGAGGUGUUGGCGGCAAGCACUCUCAUUAUGAGCUAUCAGUUAAACCGGUAUCUGGUGUCGGAGAGAACUCAUACGGUCUAAUCUUACAAGUGUGUAUGCGCGAAUGUUUUAGUGUUGCAAGGGAAACGGAAGCCGAAGAAAAUAUGAGUUUUAACCAUAAUCCAAAGGAGAUGGUAACAAUUUUAAAGAUUUCACCCAAAAAUCCAUCGUUUCGCGCCCAUAGUCGUAUAGCAGAUCUAUACAAACGUGAAGUGUUCAUGUAUAAACAGGUGUUUCGCCAAUUUAAACAGCUGCAAGCGGAAUGCCAGGAACACCAAGAUAACUCUUACCAGUUUGAUAAUGUGCCGGAAUUAUUGUUUACCUGUUUAGAUGUCGAAGAUGAAUUCCUUAUACUUGAAGAUCUCUCCCAAAGUGGUUUCAAACAAAAUCAACGCACAGAAAUGCCCACAUAUGAGUUGGCAUCAGCUACAUUUCGUUCUAUAGCCAAAUUUCAUGCAAUGUCCUUUGUACUGCAAGCCAAAAAACCUCAACAAUUUAAAGAGUUUGUCCAGCAAAUGGACGAUAACCUAUUUACCGAAGAUAUCGAACCAAUAACAGUGGAAUUUGGCAAGAAAUAUAUAAGAAAGACACGAGUAAUGCUUCAACAAAGUGAAGUGAAAUCCCAAUCAACAGCUGUUGCCAAGCAAAUUAAAGGUCUUCAAAAAUUAGAGGAUAAUUUCAAGAGAGUGUGUCUCCAAAGUGUCAAUGGUCAACUUAUAGCCCCUUAUGCAGUUAUAUGUCAUGGGGAUUUUUGGAAUAAUAAUAUGCUGUAUGGAAACAGAAACAAUGCAGAACAAACCACCUCGGCUAAAUUAAUAGAUUUCCAAUUGUCGCGUUAUGCUUCUCCCAUAUUAGAUUUGGUCCACUAUCUUUACACUUCAACCGAAGGAGAUUUACGUAAAAAAUACUUUGAGGAACUGCUUGAUACCUAUUUUGAACACUUAAAAGCCCAUAUAUCCUACCACAAUCUUAUUAUUGACGAUAUAUAUCCCAAAAAGAUCUUUAUGCAACAACUUAAAGAUUAUGGUAUUUACGGGUUUUGUAUGGCCGCCUUUUCAAUACCAUUUUUCAUUUCCACAUCAAGUGAAUUGCCAGAUUUAGAUGUAGUGGCAACAGCUAUUAGAGAUAUUUCAUCUACGUCGUCAGAGAAUUCCGAUGAAGAAAUGCAUGAAAACGGGAAUGCUAAGGAUGCGGAUAUUGGUGUUACUGUUAAUGCCAAAUCUGAUGCAGAUUCAAAGCGUAUGGAAUUAUUGGAGGAAUACGAUUUGCUGAACGAACGUACACUGCCAAUAUUCAAGAGGCGAAUGUGUGAUAUUGUAAAGGAUCUGGAUAAAUAUGAUAUGUUGGAUAUUAUUUUGAAGUUGUCGUAAAAGCAUUUUUUUUUGGUUUUCCAAUCAAAGAAUUUACACAAGUAUUUAAAAACAAUAUUUUAAACGAAAAUUUAAGAUUUCAAAAAAUAGUAUUAAAUAUACCUUAUUAAAAAAUUUU